AUGUAUGGAUAUUCACAUCCAGACAAGUCAUUUAAUAAUUGGUGGUGUCGAAUAAAAGCUUAUUUGAUGUACAUUUGUGGUUAUACAUUUUUUCAUUCAUUCUCACUCCAGGCUAUUUAUAGAAUAUGUCGAAUCAUAUAUCCAGCACAAACCAAAUGUCAACCUUUUAGUUCUUAUAUUAUCGUUUCAUUUGGUCAAUGGAUUUUUUCAGCUUUAGAAUUGCUACCAAGUUUGCUUAUCGGUGAUAUGGAAUACAUGCAUAAUGAUUAUCAUUGUCAAGUUGCACCAAGCAGUAUGCGUGGAUCAUUAACUGUUUGUGUACUUGGUUUUCUUUUUCCAUUUAUUAUUAUAACAUGCAGCUAUACAUAUACUAUAUAUUAUGUUCGACAACAUAACUCAACAAUCGUAACAAUUAAUCGACGAACAAGUAUGCGUCGUGAUAUGAUUAUCUUAAAACGUGUACUUAUAAUUCUUGUACUCUUGACAUCUUCUGCUGCACCACAUGCAUUUUUUCCAGUAGCUUACCGGAUUCUUGGAAGUCUUCCAACAUGGUUAGUUGCUUUGGAAUGGCUUCUCACCAUUCUCGCACUUAUUUCUAUUGCAAUUAUAUUUCCAUUGGUAUCUCCUCAUCUGAAGCAAUUGUACACUCACAUGUAUCGACAUGUGAACAGUAUCGCUUGA